CAGCCGGCCGAUAAACAAAUCCAACACGUGCACAACAGUCACUGCACCGUUUGUUUUGAGUCUUGAGCUGUCCGACCAACCACAUGAAAUUUCCGAUUGUAAUUUAAAUUUUGUCCAUAAAACCAUGAAAAUCAGACCCCAAAAGCACGUCCGGCAGGGCUUCUCGGGCAAAUCGAAGCUGCAGCGGCGCUCGCAGCCGAAAACACGCAAAGAAAUUCGCAAGGAGAAACGGCAGCAGAAGAAAAUCAACCGCUUCAACUACCACAGCCGGAAGCGGUCGGACCGGUACCCGGGCAAGGAUGGUGAGGAGGAUCCGCUGGAGAAGCAGAAGCGUGGUGGCAAGGGUAGUGGAAGUGACGAGGAGGAGGAGUGGGACGAUGACGAUGAGGAGAUCGAUUCUGAUUUGGGGGAGGACGUUGAGGACGAACCGAGGGUGGAAGUUAGGAAGGGGAAGGGGGCUGUGAAGAGUCAGAUGGAGCUGGAACGGGAGGAGGAGCUGAGGGAGUUGAAGAGUUACGAGCAGGGUUUGAGGGAGAAGCGGAUUUCGCAGCUGGAGGCGGCCAAUGCCGAGGACGAUGCGAUAAUCAAGAAGUACGAGAAGCUGUUGAAGAUUAACCGGCGGAAGAAUAAGGAGGGCGUUCCGAAGAGUUUUAACGAUGGGUUGGAUUACGCGCUGGAGUUGUGUACGGAGGACAGCAUCCGGAAGAUGUACGAUGCGGCGCGGGAAGCGGCCGAGAUGGAGCAGAACUCGGAGGAUGAGUUUGCGGACGAUAUGGGUGAGGUGCUGGGGAAGAAGGAGGGGGCUUCGGUGGGAAAGGUCGAGGGAAAGGGCAAGAAGAAGCUGGGCGAUAAGGAGCGGAAGCGGAUGGAGAAGCUGAAGGAGGUCGAGAAAAAGUAUUUGGGGGAUGACGAGCUGGACGAUGGGAGUCUGGGCGGGUUCGAUUCGGAGUUGGAGAUUGAGCUGGCGUCCGAUUACUCGGAGAAUGAUGAGUUGUACGACUCGGAGGAAGACGGACCGGCGGUUGAGAACAAAAAGGACAAAAAGAAGCAGAAGAAAAAGGCCAAGUCUGAGUCGGAACCGGAAGAGGACUCCGAGUUUGAUGAGGACGUCUUUGGGUUGGACAGUGAAGACAGCGAGGUUGAAGAAUCGAUCCCUAAAAAGAAGAAAAAGGAAGCUUCCAAGGGCAACAAGAAAUCUCAACCGGAACCGGAAGAGGAUGACGACGAAGACGAACUUAGAAAGCUGUUUGCUAACAAGAAGAAGAACAAAGAUUCCUCAAGCGGAAAGCAAAAACAGAUCAAGAAGAAAGUGCAGUCGGAAUCAGAACCUGAAGAGGACUCCGAGUUUGAUGAGGACGUCUUUGGUUUGGAUAGCGAGGAUGAAGAACCCAUUCCGAAAAAGAAGAAAAAGGAUGCUUCCAAGAGCAAGAAGAAAGCUAAACCGGAAGAGGAUGACGACGACGAUGAACUUAAAAAACUGUUUGCCAACAAGAAGAAGAAUAACAAAUCGUCAAACGGGAAGCAAAAACAGAACAAAAAGAAAGCUUCAAGCUCUGAAUCGGAACCGGAAGAGGACUCUGAGUUCGACGAGGACGUCUUUGGUUUGGACAGCGAGGACGAAGUUGAGGAGCCGGCUCCAAACAGUAAAAAGAAAGACAAGAAAAAAGUUACUUUUGAAAAGGAAGUCUCUAAAAAGAAGAAGAAGAAGGCACAGCCCGAGUCGGAACCGGAAGAGGAUUCCGAGUUUGACGAGGAUGUCUUUGGUGGGGACAGCGAAGACGACGGUCUGGACAAUAUUCUGGACGGAAUUGGCUCGGGCGAUGAAGAGGAAAAAGCUGAAGGCAAAAACAAAGAAAAGCCGGGAGUUUGGGAGGACAUUUACGGCCGGAAGCGCGACAGGGAUGGUAACGUAAUCAAGGAAGACGCGGCUGCCACCGGUGGAAAGUACAUUCCACCGCACAUGCGAGCCCGGAUGGAGGCACAAAACGGCCCUGGGGAUGCCAAGCGGCAGGAGAAGCUGGCCCGACUGAAGCGCACCCUGAAGGGUCAGAUCAAUCGGCUGGCGGAGACGAACGUGCACCGGAUCGCGAUCGAGCUGGACAACUUGUACAUGCAGAACGCUCGCUUUGACAUGAACAACCUGCUGACGACGCUGAUCCUGGACGCGGUCGUGUCCAACACACUCGCCCCGGAGCGCAUGGUCCUGGAGCACGUGCUGCUCGUGACGAUCCUGCACGCCAACGUCGGUUCCGAGGUGGGAUCGCACUUCCUGGAGACGGUUGUCGAGCGGUUCCACGCGCUGAUCGGUCAAAUCGGAGCGUUCGACGUGGAGGACAAAACGCUGGACAAUUGCGUGCUGAUCCUGUGCCAUCUGUACACGUUCGCGAUCUUCAAGAACAAGCUGAUCUACGACGUGAUCGACCAACUGUUGGCCAGUUUCUGCGAGAAGGGAGUGGAGUGUAUUCUGCUGGUACUGAGAUCGAUUGGGUUCGUGCUGCGGAAGGACGAUCCGCUCGCGCUGAAGGACAUGAUCUUGAAGGUGCAGAAGCGAGCCGCGGAAGCUCCGGCAGAGCUGAAGAAUGACACCCGCGUCAAGUACAUGCUGGACACGCUGCUCGCGGUCAAGAAUAACAACAUGAACAAGAUCCCGCAGUACGAUCCGACGCUGGUCGAGCACUUCCGCAAGAUCCUCAAGGGCAUGAUCACCAGCGGCAAGUACGUCAGCUCGCUCAACAUCGGGCUGGACGACCUGCUGAACGUGGAGGAGCGCGGCAAGUGGUGGCUCGUGGGUUCCGCCUGGAUAGGCGAUGCCGGUGCUGGAAAGCGAGGAGCGGCCAAAAACGGCACCCCCCAAGAGGAAGGCUUCAGCCAGCAGCUGCUCGAACUAGCCCGCAAGCAGCGCAUGAACACCGACGACAAACGGAACGUGUUCUGCGCAAUCAUGAGCGCCGAAGACUACCUGGACGCGUUCGACAAAAUCCUCCGACUGGCCAUCAAAGACCAACGCAUCGUCGCCUCCGUCAUCGUCCACUGCGCCCUGGCGGAAAAGGACCACAACCCGUACUACAGCAUCCUCUCGCAAAAGUUCUGCGAGUACGAUCGACGCUACCAACUCGCCAUCCAGUACACCAUCUGGGACCGCCUCAAGGACAUCCAAUCGCUCAAGCAAGCCCCCAUCCGAAACCUGGCCAAACUCCUAACCCACCUCAUCGGCGAAGGCGGCCUCGCCCUCUCCGUCCUCAAAGUGAUUGAGUUCGCCGAAAUCGACAAGCUCACGCUCCGGUUGGUCCGUCAAACCAUGCUCGGAUUGCUCCUCCUGGAAGAGGAAAACAAGUGCCUGCAGGUGUUCAACCGGAUCGCGCCCAGCUUCAAGCUGAAGAGCUUCAAGGACAGUUUGCGGCUGUUUUUGCACCACUUUUUGCUGAAGGGAAGCGAUCGGUCGGGCGUGCCGGAGGAGCAGAUGCAGCUGCUGAACCAGCGCAUCAAAAUGGCCGAACGCAUGCUGGACACGUCCGAGGCGAGGGUGCAGUUUUGAGGUCACACAGUGAGUAAUAGGUUGGUUGCAUAAAAGUGGUUUCAAGUUACGGAAA